CACGCUCCAUGCCAAUUCUGUCUAUAUGCUGCAUAGUUCGGGCCAGGAUGUUAAUUUCUCAAACACGGGCCAAAGUUGAUUACAUGGUCAUAGUUCAGGCCAUAAUAAGGUAUUAACCCUAAAAAUAACUAAUUAGACUUUAUACCAAGUUUUCUUUAUUAUCCUUUGCUAAAAAUUGACAGAGUGGUUCCUGCAACCUUACAAAGAGGAGGCUUGAGUUUAGAGACGUUAAUGCGACACCAAUUUAUGAAGUCAUUAUCAUUGAUGAUGACGAGCCUGAUGUGACAACCAUAUCUGAGGUAGUCGUGGUACAGUUACAUAAAUGCUUAGUAUUAGGCAGUAUAUUAGAUUUUAUAGUAUUUGACUUUUUGUGUCAGGUUGUAAUGAAUUUUCCUAUCACUAGUAGCAUGCAUUUGACUUCAGAAGAGGUUGGACUGGCCUAUUACAUGUUCGUGGAAGAUCUUGCUACCGAAAAGAUACUAGUAAAAAAUGGUUCCCAGUCCUGUACUCGUAGCUCACUGUUGAGCUUGCUGCCUAACGAGUACCUAUAAGAUGAGGUAAAUUAUGUCUUUAACUUUUGGUAUAUGUUUUAAAUAUCCAUUAAAAAUAAUUAUGUUGUCUGUUUUUAAGGUCCUUUCAAUGUAUGCGUAGUAUCUCAACCUCUCUGUCAUGUAUGAUAAGCAACAUAGAAUUGAAAGCAAAUCGUGCUUUCUCCCUACUUAUAUAUAGGUAAUCAAAUAUGGAUCACUAGUAAUAAUUUUUUAGAUUUGUCCUUUAUACAUAAUGAUUUUCACUUGUUAAAUUCCAAAUUUGAACUUGUAGGCAGGAUUAGAGAAGUAUGUCUAUACUGCUGACAGUGUAUUCAAUGAUUAUCGAUUCAGCUACUUACGCAAUGCCUAUGGAUGCAAUAAGGUAACUCAUUAACAAUUCAAUCAGUAAUGUGUAGAUGUUUUCCCAUUUUUUUGCUAAAUGGUAAUAAUCUUUAUGUCAAUAUUUGGCAGAUCUAUCUACCAUUGAAGGAUGGUAAGCAUUGGUACCUGGCUGUGUUGAUGAUGGAAUUAGAAGAAGUUCAUUUGGUUGACUCUGCUCCUAGGGCAAACAACAAUGAGUUUUGUGCAAUGACUGUACGCCAUAUGUACUUUCAAUUGGGUACAACAAAGGAUCUGCCAAACAUCCGUGGCUUUCAGGUGAUUAGUCUAGAUGGGGUUUUUACACAAGAAAACAAAUUUGAUGGUGGCAUGUGGGUUUGCUUAUGGAUGAGGUUCUCAGAUAAUCUGGCACGCUAUGAUGUUGGGCGCUGUGGUGAUGUGGAUCGAAUGAGGCUAGCUCUUGACUUGGUUGGUGGGCCUCAGAAUGCUAAUUUGGAGAAAGUGAAUCGACAAGCUCAUAAACACUCGAUGGCAUGGAAAAAUAUGAUACUCAAUGACAUGGCAGUCAUGCGUGGAGAUGCAUAUUUUUAAGUUUUUUUGAAUUUUGAUGAACUAGUUAAGUAUGCGUUCUGGGAGUUCUUGAGCGUUUUGGUGGUGAUGCUUAUGUUUAAUUUUUUUUGGAUUUUCACUUAUUUUGGUACAUUGUCCAUUGUUCAGUUUGAGAACAAACUAUUUCUAUUUAU